AUGAGAUUGUUAUUUGUAUAUAGUUUGGUUGUUUCCAUUCUCUUGGUAGUGUCAUUGACAACAGCUGUCAAUGUCGACACACUAUGGCAACGAACAACAAAAGCCAACCCAGAAGAUGUUAUCAACUUCCAUGUUGCACUCAAUCAACGUAAUCUUGAUAUACUAGAAUCAACAUUACUCGAUGUAUCAGAUCCAACCUCCCUAAACUAUGGCAAACAUUGGACAAUCUCAAGUAUACUUGAUCUCGUUGCACCUUUGGAAAUUGUAUCAAACAAGAUUGUAGAGUACCUUGAGAAUAAUGGUUGUGUCAAUGUUAUUAACAAUCGUGAUGCUAUCAAAGCAUCGGCAACUGUUGAGGUUGUUGAGCGUUUGUUCUGGACAGAGAUGCAUUACUAUCAACAUCAAACAAUAGGCAAUCAUCAAAUCAUUCGUUCAUCAAUCGGUCAUUUGAUACCCGAUCAGUUCAUCGAUGACAUACAUCUUAUUGCCGGUCUCUCAGAGUUGCCCUUCAUCAAGGACAACACAAAUGGUCAUGGACUUCUCCCAUCCUCACCACUGUCCGCUGGUCUGGACCCCGGCAUCAUCAUCCCCGAGACCAUCCAGAAUCUUUACAAUGUUCCUUCAUCAGGCAUACCAAGCACCACGAACAAUCAAUCAUCAAUCUGUUUGGUAGAGUUUGCCAGGUUCAGUGGCGACCUGUCCUAUAACAGUGGCGACCUCACCAGCUUUGCCUCACAGACUGCCGUGCCACCAAUCAAUGUCACAAAGGUACUUGGUCACUUCAAUGGCAACUACCCUCAACUCAAACCAACACUUGAUGUUCAGUACGGUGGCGCCAUAUCACAGUCGUCGGACAUUUGGUAUUGGACCAAUGGAGAGUGGUUGCUAGAGUUCUCCAAUGAGCUCUUCAUUCAAGACCCUGCACCAUUCGUCGUAACCCUGCCAUGGGGCUUCCCCGAGAUUGACCAAUGCCAGCCAGAUCUUGGCUAUUGUAACGGCACCACAACGCCCGCUCAGUUUGUCCAGCGCAUCAACAUUGAGUUUAUGAAGAUUGGACUGAGAGGCAUCACUUUGAUCGCUGGAUCCGGUGAUGAGGGUGCGCCUGGCUCAUACAACGAUGAUUGUUUGGACCAAAAGUAUACCAUGUCCUCAUACUACCCUGGCUCAUCGCCCUACGUGACAUCAGUUGGUUCCACAAUGUUGUUGUCGUCAAACAAUCAAGGCCAGUUGACGAACACUGCACCUAUCUGCUCUCAGUAUGCCUGUGCAACAUCAACACUAGAGGUCGUUCAAACGUUCCCCAACACAACAACGACAUCAGGUGGAGGCUUCUCUGACUAUUCACCGAUGCCAUCAUGGCAACAAUCAGUGGUGGAGCACUACCUCAACUCGGGCAUUCAUCUGCCGCCUCAAUCAAAGUUCAACGAGUCCAAUCGUGGCUAUCCAGAUGUGUCUGUGGUUGGACAUAACUACAUGAUCUACCUCAAUGGUCCAACGUUUGUUGAUGGCACUACAUGUGCCACACCAACAUUCGCUGGAAUGGUGGCCUUGUUAAACUCAUACAGAUUGAGCAUGAACAAGUCAACACUUGGAUUCCUCAAUCCACUGCUCUACUCAGCGCCAUCAAGCUGUUUCAAUGACAUCACCAUUGGAAACAACAAGUGCACUCAAGUGUGCUGUACCACUGACGCCGGAUACACUGCCACCGCUGGAUGGGAUCCAGUCUCUGGACUUGGAACUCCACGAUUCAAGAAUCUUCUUGCCUACAUUGAUACUCUUCCAUAA